AUGGAUGGCCCCAACAAUUUGACCAAGACCUGUGAUCCGGUUGUCCCAUCAGUUAACCCUUUCUUUAUGCUGGUCUACAGUCUAGUGUUUGUGGUGGGUUUACUCCUUAAUGGUUUCAUCAUGAAGUUUUACUGUUGUCGAGUUCGGCGGCAGUCAUCCAGCAGCUUGAUGGUGUACAUGAAGAACCUGACAGCUGCUGACUUCCUGCUCUGCCUCUCUCUGCCACUGCGCAUCACCCACUAUGCUAGCAGCUCUCUCAUCAUUCAGCAGCUCUACUGCACAGUUGGAGCUUAUGCCGUGUUCCUCAACAUGUAUGCCAGCAUCCUAUUCAUGGGGUACGUUGCUGCCAACAGGUAUCUGAAGAUAGUCCAUCCUUCAAAAACUCACAUUCUGCAGAGAGUACGAACUGCCCACAUCAUCUCUGUGGUCACUUGGGUUUGUCUCAUUAUUCCAGCAGUCACCAGCAACACCCUGUUUUUCAUCACCCAGAAACACCUGAACGUCACCCCGAGACGCUGUCGUCCCCUAUUUAGUUCAUUGGUCAGGCUGGUCCAAAAAAUCAUCCAUAUCUUCUCUGUUAUCAUCUUCCUCUUAGUCUUCAUAUCCCUGGUCUUCUUCUAUAAGGGCAUCUCCCGCAGGGUGUUGCAGGCACAGCAGACACAGCUGGCCUCCUCUGGCUCUGAGAAGCUGGUGAAGUCUCGCAGGAACAUGUUGCUACUUGUCAGCAUCUUCUGUGUUUGUUUUGUGCCCUAUCACCUGUUUCGACUCCCCUAUAUUUCUCUGUCGGGAAAUUGCUCUGCUGUUAAGGUGUUGUACUACCUGAAGGAGGCGGCCACCAUAGUGUCGGUUUUAAACGUCUGCCUGGACCCUGUUGUUUACUUUUUUCUCUGUAAGACUUUUCAGGCCCAGGUGAAUCGCAGUAUGGCCUCCAUAAGAGUCAACAUUCAAUAA